GGGCGCGGCCCCCCGCGCCCUGUGUUGCGCGAACUUGGCCGUCGCCGACAAGUUGCGGCCGGCCCCGACGGGAGGGAGCCCCGCGGAGCGCCCCCGUCCGCGGGAUUAGCGCCGGCCCCGGCUGCCCCGGAGCCGCCCGGGCUCACCUGGGCGGCCGCCUACCCCCCCUCCUUCCCCCCCGCCUCGCCCCGCCGGGAGGAAACUCCGCCGCGGCGGACGGGUGGCGCAGGAAAUUCAUGACGCCGCUCACCACACCUCCGAAGGCGCUGUCACGUCUGCGUCGCCCUGCGGUGCCAGCCUGAGGUAGAGGCCUCGGCAGCUCCGGGCCCCAGAGAAAACUUUGCAAACAGAGGAACAGUUGAUCCCUGAUAUCUGGACUCCGUAUGAUAGAAACUUCUCUCUUUCGUUGAAGAAUGUCUAGAGGAACAGACUGUGUGUAAUGAUGGCUGCUGCGCUAUGCUUCCAUGACUCCUGCAUAGAUGAAGCAAGGUCAGGGUUUGCAUAACUGAUGCAUCAAGAUGGGAGUUGGCCUUCUGCUGCUCAUUAAUCUUAAUUCCUGCAUCUUUUUGAAUGCAGGGAGUGCUCCAGCCUCCCACCUCUCAUCACUGGAAGCCUAUUUUUCUCCUUCUAAAUAAAGACUAGAACAAAACUUGUAAGCCAAUUUCGAGAACCCUGUGCUCAGGAAUGGAGUUGAAGAUCUUCCUUUCAAAGGUGCCGUAGCUGCAGCUGACUUAUGCUCAGGACAUGUAUGUACAGACUGACUUUCUCAUGUCGCUUCAAACUGUUCCUGCCCGCUGUUCCUGCCUUUGAGCUGUGCUGCUUCUUUGGAGUUCUCUGCAGAUGGAUAAAUCUUACGUUUCUGCAGAUACCAAAGCUCAAAACAGGGUCUCAUCUCGUUGUGAUGCUUGAACAUCUGUAACAGACUACAGGAUUUUCAAAAGAAAUCAAGCAUGGCCUAGUCAGCUUGACCUUUGGAGAACUUAUGAUGUCCACUGGAACCAGUAUCAGCAAAAAUCGGCAGGCUGUGAGCCUGCAGGGUGUUGACCCAGAAACAUGUAUGAUAGUGUUUAGAACACACUGGGCACAGGUUCUCAAAAUCUUAGAGAAGCAUGAUCCUUUGAAAAACACUCAGGCAAAGUAUGGGGCAAUUCCACCUGAUGAGGCCAGCACUGUUCAGAAUUACGUAGAGCACAUGCUUUUCCUGAUGAUUGAGGAGCAAGCAAAGGAUGCCUCAAUGGGGCCCAUCCUGGAGUUUGUGGUUUCAGAAAACAUCAUGGAAAAGCUCUUCCUUUGGAGCCUACGGCGAGAGUUCACUGAUGAGACAAAAAUUGAGCAGCUCAAGAUGUAUGAAAUGUUGGUUACCCAGUCUCAUCAGCCUUUGCUGCAUCACAAGCCCAUCUUGAAGCCUUUGAUGAUGUUGCUGAGCUCCUGCUCAGGGACUGCCACACCAGCAGUGGAAGCAGAGUUGGUUGUCCUCCUGAACCAGCUCUGCUCUAUAAUAGCCAAAGAUCCCUCCAUUUUAGAACUAUUUUUCCACACCAGUGAGGACCAGGGAGCUGCCAAUUUCCUCAUUUUUUCCCUUCUAAUUCCCUUUAUCCAUCGAGAAGGAAGAGUAGGUCAGCAGGCCCGCGAUGCACUGCUCUUCAUAAUGUCUCUGUCUGCAGAAAACAAUGUUGUUGCAAACCACAUAGCAGAAAACACCUACUUUUGCCCGGUGCUAGCAACAGGACUCAGUGGCCUCUAUUCAUCUUUACCUACAAAGCUGGAAGAAAAAGGAGACGAGUGGCACUGUCUGCUGAAAGAUGACUGGCUCUUGUCCCCAGCCCUUGUCCAAUUCAUGAAUUCUCUUGAGUUUUGCAAUGCUGUGAUACAGGUAGCACAUCCCCUGAUACGUAACCAGCUCGUGAAUUACAUUUACAAUGGAUUUUUGGUGCCAGUGAUGGCUCCUGCACUCCAUAAGGUGACUGUGGAAGAAGUGAUGACUACUACUGCAUACCUGGAUCUCUUCUUGCGUAGUGUUUCAGAGCCAGCUCUCCUCAAGAUUUUCCUCCGUUUUAUUUUGCUGCACCGACAUGAGAAUGUGCACAUCCUAGAUACGCUUACAAGCCGAAUCAACACACCGUUCCAGCUCUGCGUGGUCUCUUUGGCAUUGUUCAGAACGCUCAUUGGCUUACAUUGUGAAGACGUGAUGUUACAGCUAGUUUUAAGGUAUCUGAUCCCAUGUAACCACAUGAUGUUGAGCCAGCGACUGGCUGUGAAAGAAAGAGACUGUUACUCAGUAUCUGCUGCUAAACUGCUUGCUCUCACACCAGUCUGCUGCUCCACUGGGAUCACCUUGACUCUUGAAAGCCAGGAAAAAGCCUAUAUCCUCUGGACAAAGGCAGCACAAACUAAAGGUAUUUGGUGCUCAGAUUCUUGCAGAGGUACUUCUGAAUCCACCUGCAUUGUGGAAUGUGGAAGAGCUGUGGACAUCAGCUACCUGCAGUACCUGUGGGAAGCUCAAGAAGCCAUCCUUCAGUGUCUGAAAGACUGCAAGGUUUGGUCUGCCUUUUAUGAUGGAGAAAAUCCUGAUCCAGACACCUUUAUCCAAACGCUUGCUGAGGAGAACAGUAAAGAUGUGGAACACCCCAUGUUUCACCUCCAGCAAAGGACACCUAGCAUGUGUAGCUCCUCUCAAAUAACUCCGUUCAGUGAGAAGAUGCAGUUGGAGCUGGAAUGGGAUGAUAGCUAUGACACAGGGAUUUCUGCUGGUUCUGAUGUGAGCUCACCCCAUCCAUAUGAUGAUCAAGGAAGCACAGAAAUGCAGCUACCUGCAGAGCCACCAAAACACAUUCAGGAGAUGAAGAAAAAUGCAAUCAUGCUCAUCAAAGGAUCUUACAUAGAGGAAUCAGAUUUUCAGGACGAUGUUAUGGUUUACAGAUUAUGUGCCCAGAAGGAUGCUCAAGAUGAUGACAACUCUGAGAAGAAAACUUUAAAUGUAGCCAGAAAACAUCGAGUUGAAAGCCAGACUGUUAACAAUGGGCCUCUUGCAAACAGCCAGCUGGAAAUGGACUUGGAUGAACACAGUAAGAGAAAUUCAAGCUUGACUCAAGGUAUAACAAAAGAACAAACAAACCAGAAAAUGAUUGCGGUUGAUCCACAGCCAGACUUGGAGUUGAAACCUGCUCCUCAGGAUGCAGAUCGUAACUUAAACAUACGACUGCUGAGCACAGAUGGUGAGGAUUUCAUUGCACAGUAUGACAAAAUUAUUAAGGAACUGGAUCCAAACAGUGCGAGCCUGGAAGAACAGAAGUUGGGCACUCCUGGUCCCGUGUCUCCAGCAGAAGAGGAGGAGGACUUUGAGAAUUUCUCAGCAGACACGCCUUCUGCAGAAAGCAUGUCAUCUCCCUUUGGACCAAAGGAGGAUUUUUUUCCCAAGCAUGCUGCCAGGAGCCAGAGUGCUCCAUUUACAGGACCGUUUAUCAGCGUAGUGCUGUCAAAGCUGGAGAACAUGCUGGAGAAUUCCUUGCAUGUAAAUUUGCUGCUUAUUGGGAUUAUUACUCAGCUGGCAAGUUAUCCACAGCCUCUUCUUCGCUCCUUUCUGCUCAACACCAACAUGGUAUUUCAGCCUAGUGUACGGUCGCUUUAUCAGGUGCUGGCAUCUGUGAAAAAUAAAAUUGAACAUUUUGCUUCCAUCGAAAAAGACUUCCCAGGUCUUCUCCUACAGGCCCAACAGUACUUGCUUUUUCGUGUGGACACAUCUGAUGCAGCUGAAGAACUGCUAACCAAAGGUAACAUCCAGCCUGACAGCAGCGCAGGCAAAGGGAGGAGCCUCUCCGAAGCUUCUCCAGCUAUACUCCAGCCCUUCCUGGGACAUAAAGGAAAGAAAAGCCUGGCUCUUCCCAGCCUUCCUGUGCACGUGAGGAAUGCCGUGCUCGCAGCUGCCCUCUUCCCGGAGUUCCUGAAGGAGCUGGCAGCGCUGGCGCAAGAACAUUCCAUUUUGUGUUACAAAAUACUGGGGGAUUUUGAGGAUUAUUAUUAGCAUCUUUUUUCAAACGUGUUUUUUAAAAGCUUUUAAACGGGGCUUUAAUGCAACGCUGCUUACAAAAGAAGGUUGUACUUUGAUAUUUCCUGAAAAUACUUGAUUUGGAGGGGGAAGCAAGAGGCAGAAUGUUAUUCCAUGUUAUCUUAUAUUAGGCCUUAUAAUUUCCCUCUGUGCUACGUAACUUAUUUGAUGUAUUUCUGAUUCUGUUGUUGUUGCAGCUUCCUAGUUUAUCUCCUCCUUUUUACACAAUCACCCUUCCUUAGUGUUACAGAUUUCUGUAAAAUUUCUGCAAUAGACACUCGUGGAUUGGCUGAGAGGGGCAAACGUUUUAGCUUUUUCUCUUCCAGAAACACUGUUCUGAUAGGCUGCUGCAAGGCAGUUUGCUCUGGAAAAGCACAGCUCCAUGGGGAAAGCUUCAGGUAGAGCAAUAUAUACAAAAUCUGCACAAAGCCCCUUUCUGUGAAGGGUCGUGCUUCUCCAUGUCUUUGCCCUUCUCCCUCCCAUCCCUUUUCCCUGAAAUGGGGGUUCUUACCGAUCCACCUCUGAAGUCCUUUUUAACUAGUGGCUCUUGUUUUUGAAUUCAAGUGGUCUUAUGUGUGUUAAACUCAUGACUAGUUGAAAGCAGGUGCUGGACCCAACACAUACCAUAUUGCCUUAUGCUGCAGACAGAUCUGCAGCUCUCAGCUGUUGGUCUUUGAAGUCAAAUGAACUGUGUAAGUGGAUGUGCAUUGCAGACUGCCUGGAAUUUUCCUUGCAGUUUCUCACCAUUCUUUGAUAACUGCUACAUUGCUACCUAAACUCUCAAGCAAGCCUUAUUUAGUCAGAUUUGCACAAAGUACAAAACAAAAUGUUUUUAUGCAAGCUGUAAUUAAUGUGUAGUUUAUUUUUAUGCUUAUUUUAAUAAGCUAAAGAAAGGUACUCAGUACCUUUCAGUAGUAUUAAAAGGACAGCAGGCUGUUUUUGUCAAUUUUUUAAUGAAAAAGGUUGGCUUGCUCCAGAAAGCUGUUCGCUUUUUUGUCAUCUUUUUUGUGGUUAAGGGGAAAGUUAAAUACUGUUUGUUUACUUUUAAAUUAGGUGUUGGCUUUUCCUAAUAUUGCACUUUUGGGAUGGUGAGGGGAGGAUCAGACUAUUCACCAGCUACAGAAAACGAAGCAGUAACAGGGAAGGCUGUCUGCUGGUGACUAACUGCUUGAGAAAAUUCUCUUCUGUGAGUAAUGGGCUUCAUUAGAAGAACCCAAACAUGAUGAAUUGGUGCAUCACCACCACAUUUCAUCUUAUCUUAGUAGGAUAAUUGUGCUUCCUGUGUGCUGUAGUUGUCUCUACAUAAAGAGGGGUUUAGUUCAAGAAAGCUGUAAACCCCUUUGUCCAGGAAAGGAACCAGCAGCAACCCCAGGAAAUCUAAAGAAAUGGAAGUCAGAAAUAGUGCUUCCAUAAAUUAAUGCUCCUGCUAGUUGUAAACCCAUAAUGCUGGGGUGCUCCAAUUAAUCACAACCCUAUUUUUGAAUGCACUUUCUCAGAGAUUGCAAGAGAAAAUAUAAUACCAUUUAACAUUCCCCCCCCCCCCCCCGAAGUGUCUAAUUAAUUUCAGGUCACAUUUCUAUGGAACUUGCAGUGCAAUUUAGGCUCCUAAAUCCUUUAGAUGCUUCUGAGAAGUACCUUUCAUCUACGAGCUGGGAGAAGCAUUCAGUGCGUCAGACAGCUGUAGGCUAUACCAAGGAAAAAUCCCGAAGUGUACCUCUAAGAAAAUCGCCUCAAGAACUUCUCUGGGUCUGUCUUCACCUGUCUGCUGUACAGCCCUCACAUCUGCCACCACUGAGGGUUGUCGGUGGCCCUCAUGUUGCUUCCCAGCCAACUCUUUUGUUCUCUUUCCCACUGACUUGUCUCUUUUCUAAGCAACAAUUCACCUUUGCAUCACCAUCCUGUAAAUCAUCUUCUGACCUCCCUUCCACCUCCCCUGUUUCACCUCACAAGCUUCCUUGGAAACUCAAAUGAAGCUGUAGGGUUUUUCUUUAAUCUUGCUUAUCCAGCUUUCAGAGAGCUCUUCCUUUCUUUUUCUUUCCUUUGUUUUUUCCUGCCUUGUUGUUGGAAAUGGGCAAUGAGCAGACUAAGUUUUCUUCCCUUGUCCUAGGAAAUGGCUGGUUCUUCUCCCACUAUUAUUUCAACCCAUGCUCCAAGGCCCAGCCUGAAGGGGCUCAGUAGCGUCUUCUAUGGAAAGUGCGGCAGCAUCAGUAGGUAGGGGCAGUGUUUACUGUGCUCCUCGUCACUUGUAGUAGGAAUUUUAUGUGAACAAAAGAGGCACUACCAAAUGAAUGGGAUCAGCUAACUUUUAAUGAUUCGGAAUCAAGUGCUUAAUGGCAGAAGCAGUCCAAUCCUUUUUUAAAGGACUUCUUAAAAAGGAGCGAAAAAGAAGGAGAAAAAAUUCUGCAGACCAGUGCUCAGUGCAGUAAAUUUAUUUAUGAACACUCCCUUUCCUUGUUUUUAUUCUAAAAUGAUCUUUAUUUGCUGGGUAGGAGUGAUAUCUUUGGGGAUUGUUAAUUUUAACUGGUGUUUCUAGCAAAUGUGCAAACUCAUGGCAAUGUUCAGUUCAGUGAGCCUAUUAAGGUAGAUGGGGAUCUUACAGUGCAGGCUGCUCAGAAAAGCAUCUGUAAAUUUGAGGAAGGGGAGGUUUUACCUCAUAAGCUGAAGUAGUUUCAGAGGAAUUAUUUGAGCCUGCCACAUGCAGUAGGAUAAAGUCAGCCUUUGAAAUCCAGAACCGCGUGUGGAAGGGUUCUUGUGACUGCGGUCAUGACGGUGUGCGCACACAAUGUCUCCAAGGAAAGGAAAUCUGUCAGUCAGCUCCCCAAAAGGAAGAGGUGGACGAGUGCAGUGACCCUGGCUCAGGACUCUGGUUUAAGUUGCAGAUGUUGAUCCUCGGAGACCAAUCAUCUCUCUGUGCAUUAAGUUCUUCAGCCAAAUGCAUGUUUAGUAAGCUCCUUCACUCCAGUUUAGGUAAUGGCUUAUUAGGCCUCCUACCAAUACGUUAUUUCCAAAGUGGGGUCUAUGCCGCAGUCCGGUCGGUUGGCCCCUGCAGUACACAGCGUUAUGCUGCCCUUUCCCGGAGUCGAGAGGAUGCAUUGCACAGCCUGGAUUUCCCCCUGUGUACAUGUGUGUGUGACUAGAAGACCCUCUCUUCUGCACGUUGUCUUUGGCUCAGUCAUGAAUGAAGUGUCUUUGGGUUCGCAGAUCUAUUCCAAAACCUGCAGGUAGCAGCUCAGUGAUACCAAAGUGAAUUUUCAGUCUCUUGCUUUAUGUUUCAAAGUGGAAAUGCCACAUUUCCCGUGAUGUAGCUUUUGCUGAGUGUUUGUAAGCAGUUCUGCUCUAGCGAGGAAUCUUUACCACAAUUUCAGCCAGCUAUUUGUUGCAACCUAUCUAUAGAGUGAAUGUUUCAUAUCUUAAAACAGUUGUAGUCAUUCUCUUUUGCCUGUGACCUCUCUUUGGAUGCACUGUGGGAUAGUCUCAGCACACACGUACAUAUGGUUUGUAUCAGCUGAUCUAAAGAAUUCGGCAACUUUAAUUCAGAACAGCGUCAUCCUUUGCAUCUGCUGAUCUUUGGAUAGACACAGUCAGUUGCAGUUCAUGUUCUGUGUUGCUGGCCCUACGUAGCCCUUUUAUUAUCGUAUUCCAGGCAUUAUUCUUUAAUUUGGUCCUUUCAACGUGUCCUAAAGAAAAAUGUGGGGUUUCAAAUGAGACCAGGUUGUUUAUUGGUGUUGCAGCUCCAGAUGUGAAAAGAUGCACUGCUUUUUUAGUCCAGUUAACUUCUGAACUUGGUUUGGAAGACCAGCAGUGAAAGCUGCUGUUCUCAGCUGUAUCCCAGGGCGAUGAGGGAAAAUUCACAGCAGUGUGCCUGGGGGGGGAAGUCCCUCUCACCAGGAGGUCCAGAGCCGUUGCUUCAGAGCGUCUGGUUCACAAAUUUCUUCUCUUCUUUCCUUUUUCAUCAGGGUUUGUGACUUUGUAAAAAGUCUGACUUCAGUCACGUUGUGCUGCUCUGCCUGCUCAGUGCAUUUGCCUUGUUAGGUUAGAUUUUGAUGUUUUUAAGAAGUAAGAUCGGUACAUUCCCUAGAAAGGGAGAAGCUGCCUGGUGAUGGGGAUGGACUUCAGGUCUUUGCAGAAGCCUUGCUUUCGAAUGGGAACAGGACGGGAUAGACAGCAAGUCUGGGCCAUGUUUGUGCCAGCAGCGCUGCUCGGCCUGCCCUUUGCCCCGGCACGGCGGCGAAGUGGCCUGUUCUCCCCUCCUGAGGGAAAUGGUUGCAAACAAACUACUGCAUCCAGCAGAGUCCGAGGGUUUAAGUUCAAGAGGUUAAGUUGUAUUUACCAAUAGAAGUAGACCAGCUAGCACAGCGCUUAAGCAUUCGCUACCCUUCGUGGCCUGUGCCUGUCUCUCUCAAGGUUUCGUGCUCCAGCAAGGUUGUUUUAGCUCCUUUAAGAAGCAUUAAAAUCUCAGGGUUGGGAAGAAAAGGAUAGGAGCUGUCUGAUUUGGUGCAGUUACAGUAAAUACAAUGACAUAGUUUAUCAUUUGAAUUUGUAGCCAGAGCUCCUGUUGGAGGGCAGCGUGAUUUAAUAAGCAAUUUACUGUGCUGUAUUUACUGAAAUUGCUAUGUCAUGCCUGCAGUUUUUAUGAAGGCUCCUAUUACAUUUGUAACAUUUAAACUGCAUCUGCAGUUAUGAGUAGAAUACUGAGAUUUUCUUCUUUCUUUCCUUUUAAUUCGGAAGGCUCUGGCACGAUACAGGCAUGUUGCUGCUCUGUCCAGAUCUGAUUUAGAUAAUUACAGUAUGUUCUUCCUUGCACCCUUUGAGCUUUAUCAGCAGAAAUGGAGGUUACAUGGCACUCAGACUGCUUACAUUAAUGAGCAAACCAAAGGUAAAACACCGCGGAUUAGCAGGGGGCAUUUGCAUCCAUGUGAAACGCAGCAAGAAUUUUCAUUUCUGUUACCUCAGCUUAUCAGGGACUAGUUGCAGAAAGAAAACGCUCAUAGCAAAGUUCAAAAAUGAGUAUGGUAACUGUCCAGUUACAUAGUAGAGCCACGCAGUGUUUUGAAUGAGAGCUGUGUGAAGGAGGGAAAAAUUGCUCUGUGUUAAUGUGGCAUCAGAUUUGCAUAAAUAGGUAUUCAGAUAAUAUGACAGCGGUGCCAGCUCUCAGACUGAAGGCAGCCGCAGAAUGCAGCACUAUUUCAGUGACUUCGUUAGCUACGAAAGCUCAGCUCUGACUAAAUGUACUUAUUUUUCAGGGGGCCUCAGCUUUUCUAAACAUGUUGUGGUCUAGCAUCAAUCUAUUCUAUUUGUUAUAUGCUCAGUUGGAAGCCUCUUAUUUAUGAAUAGGAGCAUUACUUGUAGCCUCAAAUAUGUAGGUACUUAAAGUGGGGGUUUGUUGCUGACUGUGCAAAUCUUCUUUUCGUUCAUUGAUUAUAAUGGUUUUUUUGUGUGGCAGCUGGAUUAAAUUAAGACUGAAGUCUCUGGGCUAAAAGCCCUGAUGGGACUUUUGUGCAAAGGCUGCAUUUCUCAACCAAAUAACUUUCUCUGGGGCUUCGGCAGAGUGCCCGCAUACAAUUAGGUAUUGUGGACUAACUACCUGCAAACUUACAUUUUGGAUGAAGCCAGCUCCAUAGCAGCUGUAUUUUAUUGCAGUCUAUUUUAAAAAUAACUAGCUUGGAUUUAGACCAAAAAGUAAUGUGGAUGAGUUAAAUCCAAGACAACUAAACUGUGUCCAGCUCAGUGCUGCUGUGUCAGUUUGGCUGGGGCUCGGACAAAACGCCCUCUUGUCUUCAGAGGAGGGCGAAUGGCUCCCGGUCUCGAUACUCGCUGCUGGGGUCUCUCUGGGUGUCCCUGAGCGUCCAAGGGCAGCUUGGAGUUGGCAGCUCUGACCAGUGUCUGUCUUAAAACUCCAGAAUAACAGUGUUGGUUUCUAAGCUCCAGUGUGGAAAGAUCCUAGCCUCUAAAACCAACCUGAAAGUGUGGCCUCCGAAGCUUUAGAAAUGAGAAAAUAAAAUAUAACUUGCUGAUGAGUAUGCCUGCUUAGUGGUUCACAGGCUUUGGAUAGUUGAAGCUGUGGUUGAUGUGACCGUGCCUCAGGAGAGCGUUUGCUUUCUGUUUGCACAAAAUGCUUGCGAAUGGAGGGAGCAUUCCCGAUGGCAAAACGAUCGGCCUUCAAGCACCCGUGUUAGGAUUAGCUCAUGGGAGCGCGGCCUCUGCAGCUGGCAGUACUGAGCCCUACUGCAGGCCUUCCCCCGGGGCUGCAGUGACCAAGGCAACGGAUACGGCGUGCAAUAACUGGCUGCCCGUCACUGGUGAUGUUUGGCUGCUGGGGUUGUGCAGGGUCUGGCAUGGAGGUCACCUGUCACUUUGGGGAAAAGCCAGCAGGUGAGACGGAGUUAGGUGGAGGGUCACAAGUUGGACCUCACACAGAGGAAGGGGAGGGGCAGUGAAGGGCAGGUCCCUCUUCAUCCACACAUACCCAGGCAGCAGAUGCUGUGAAUGGUUGUGAAAUGCCUGUACAUCCUGCAGGCAGCUGUGGGGGGCUGGGGCUAACUCAGUACCUAGAGGAAAGACUCCUUAGUACUCAUUUGCACCACGCACUACCAUGUUGCCAAUUAGACCCCACUUUCUUUUGUGAGGAACUGCAUGCAUCACCUUCGUUGUCUCAUUGCAACACCCAAGCACGCCUGCUCCCCACUGUAGGUUUGCUUUAUUGCAGCUAAAAUUCACAUGUAGUUGGGAUUCUCAUCUCUUUGGGCCCUGUUUGGUGGCAGUCCCUAGCAGGUAAGGUGGGAGGCUGAGGCUGAACUGCCUGAUGUGGGGUGUGUGCUGGAGCACAGCCAGGAAAGAAGGAGUGUUCCCAGAGGGUCUGUGUUCCUGUUGCACUGAUCCCUAACUCCUGGUCUAGCUUGGCUCUUCUAGAUGGCAGCAGAGUUUAAAUUUGCCAUCGCAAUGGGCAGAUAAAGGCACAGCAAAACACAGGUCUUGACAACUCAGGAUUUUCUGCUUUUUUGCCUUCCUCACACUGUGUAAUAUUAGAUUAGAAUUCUCUCUAUAUUAUGCUCAAGUUUGUAGCUUUUGGGGAGACUUGCACUGAACAGCCAAUGCAAUCCAGGUAAGCCCUUGCUGUAUGUGAAAAGAUAAAUCUUGACCUCCUAGCUGCUGUAACUUGGUUUUCUGUUGCCAUUAUGUGAGGCAGAAUAUAACGAAUUUUGGAGUAUUUGAAAACAGCAUUUGCAAGGAAGGUGCAGGCAACAAGGACAAAAAAGAACAGCAUGUUAUUCUCUCUUCUCCCUUGAGCAGUGUGAGAAUAGAGAGUUUAGUGAAAACCCAAUUUGUUUAAGAUGGGGGGAAAAAAAAGCAUGUUGAGCAUAUACACAAGGCCAUAAAUCACUGAGGAGGUGCUGCUGAGGUCAGUGCCCGUGCGAGCGUGUAGAUAGAGAGGUGCUCAGAACAGAAAUGAGAACAUGACAGCAGAGUGACACCAUGCCACAGAAGCGGAGUGGAAAGGGGCUGCAGUGGAAUUGCAGCGUGAACACUGCCGCUGUAAAUUUUUGGUUAAGGUUCCUGUCAUAUGCUUCUAUUUUUAACACAGUUAAAAUUGAACUCUGCAGCCAAGGCUGAGCGCUAGAGAUUCUUUCUUCACUACUUCAGCAUUGCCAGUGUCUUUUUUGUCAACGGUCUUCUCUUCUUCGGGAUACUUCAGCUAUACAGGCUGGAAAGUAUCAUCGCUCUGCCUCGGGAGUGACCUAUAAAGGACUUCCAUCAACGAUUAGAUGAGAUUGUCAUGACGGUGUCUGGUGCCAACUUCUAAUUUGUAAGCAUUCUCCUUGGCCCUCUGUGGACGGUUGCUGCUCAAAAAUCUGCACGAAACUGUCCUUAAUUCACCCUGCCUAAUGCUGUUGCACAGAUGGCAGGAGAUCAGGGAGCGCCACUGUAACCAAGUAAGACUUGAAAGUUAGGGUCAGAGCUUCAGUCCUAAUUCCCGAGUUCGUAGCCUUGGUAUAACCACCCUGGAAACAGCUUCUGGGUGUGCAAAGCGUUCCGACACUGAGCACUUCGUAGCCAGGUUCUGCAUUUUCUCUUGCUGGCUCCACGUAUCCUGUGCUUACUUUUUUGUCUUUACAAUAGCAGAUAUUAAAUUCCUUGAGGCUGCUUCUGUCUUUUAUGCACUUUGUAGACUACUGGAUAUACACACUUUGCUGUACAAAUAUGAACAAAAGCUGUUACGCACAGUGUGGCGCUCACUUGUGGAGUACUUAGAAUUUGCCCUUAGGUCCAUUUAGGACAGAGGAAAAAGUGACAACGGUGGUUUUAACUGCUUGGCGUUUCAGGCCCUUGCCAGGCAAAGAAGGAUAAUGCGUUUGCUUACGUUGCGUCAAUCGAGUUAGUGUAACAUGACUAACGGGCCCUUUAAUGCAGGCUGCAAUAGUUGGAGUAGUGUUAGCUCGCCAUGCCGAGCUUUCCAUCUCCACCCCCUACCACUGCCAGCUAAGACUGCUUGGCAGUUGAUAGCUGGUAUCUCCAUGACAUUAAAAUGAUUCAUCAUCUUGAGCUUGUUUAACACUUUCUGAUUACCAGAAAAAAAAAUUUGCAUUUUGUGUGUGUCUGCAAAAGAUUUGUUUAAAAAUUCAGCACUGCCUGGCUCAUAAUAUAAUUCAAAAUUUAUAGACUAUAGCUGCUCUUUUCCUUCUGUCAUAGGGGAAGGAUAUUACAAUUAUCCCUUUUUUAUCUUGUUCUUCAUUGUGUCUGGCAGGUGGAGGUGAAAAUAGAUUGAGAUUUACAGUAAACUCAUUCGAAGAUCUAGUGCUGUACUCAUAUAGAACUUGGCUUAUGAUUUUUUUAACAGAUUUUGUACUGUAUUAGCAAAGUGUAAUUACUUUGGGGAAAAAAGUGUCUGAGAAGAAGUAGCCAUUAAAAAUACAUUUACCAGCAGUAGCCAUGCUACAGUAGUGGAAAAUUCUCCUCUCGCUUAAAUACAGCUUAACUGUUAUUAUUCCAAACUCAUUGCUGUGUGUUUUUUGAAGUUGCACCCACUACAGUAGAAGUAAACCCAGCACAGCAACAUCAAGCUGUGCAACAAAAAGCACUAACCUUGGAGGACCACCUUUUGGGAAUGAUGGGUGGUUUUUUGUAGGCUGAGGAGUACUGUUAAAUUAGGAUUUGAGAUUUCAUGCAGAAGUCCUUGUGCCUUUUGGUUUCUUUCUGCCAUGGCAAGAGUUGAACAGAGUUCCAGUUCUGAAACUUAAAGUUUGCUGAAUAAAGCUUCUAUUGACUGAAAAUGUACCUAUUGGAACAAAAUGGGUACUACUGUGUAAAAGACAAUGUUAUUUUUUACUGAUGACAUGACAAGUGAUAGAAAAUGCCUUUGUAUGAAUGUCAGAUUAAAUGAAAUGUUUUUUAAAGGGGUCAAGGUUUUUGAUUGCAACAGUAGGGAAAUUUCACCAUGUUACUGCUUUUUGUCAGCUGUAUAACUUUUUAACUGUAAGUUAUUUUUAUGUUAUUAGGGGUAUACCUUUUAUUCAUUAAAUGUAUUUGAAAACUUCA